GAGCAGCUCCGCUCGCCGACCGGGGCUCUAAAGCCCGCAGACCUCCGAGGCGCUCGUCACUUCUCCAAGUCGGAGCCAUGGCGACAACAGCUCAGUACAUCCCGCGGAAUAACUCCUUACCGUCCAACCCGCUCAUGCAUCCGGACUCGGACAGGAUGCACCAGGGGACCACCUACCGGGAGGUGCAGAAAAUGAUGCACCACGAGUACCUGCAGGGGCUGGCGGCCACCAACACGGGACACCCGAUGAGCCUGACGCACCACCAGUGGCUGCCCACGUCCAACACCGACUGGUCGAGCGGCACCCACCUCAGCCAGCAGGAUCACAAAGGCGGCGUGCAGGCGAGCCGGGAGGACCUGAGCAGCGGCUUCCACCACAGAUCUCACCUGGUGCACCAGCAGACGCAGGGAGCCCACCACGGCUCCUGGGCUCCCACCACCACGCACCACCUGUCCCCGCUGUCCCCGGCGUCCGGCGGCCACCAGCCCCUGGUGUACUCGCAGCCGGGAUACACGAACCUCAACGCCAUGCUGGGCAGCCCCCAGCCGGGCGCCUUGCACCACGGCAUGCGGGAGCCCCUCCACGACGACUCGGCCGGCCACGACAGCCAGAUGGAGUCCCCCCAGCAGGCAUUCAGCCACCACCAGGACCACUCGGACGAGGACGCGCCCAGCUCCGACGACCUGGAGCAGUUCGCCAAGCAGUUCAAGCAAAGGCGGAUCAAGCUGGGCUUCACGCAGGCGGACGUGGGCCUGGCCCUGGGCACCCUGUACGGGAACGUCUUUUCGCAGACCACCAUCUGCAGGUUCGAGGCUCUGCAGUUGAGCUUCAAGAACAUGUGCAAGCUGAAGCCGCUGCUGAACAAGUGGCUGGAGGAGACAGACUCCAACACGGGCAGCCCCACCAACUUGGACAAGAUCGCCGCGCAGGGCCGGAAACGAAAGAAGAGGACCUCCAUCGAGGUGGGCGUCAAAGGGGCGCUGGAGAACCAUUUCUUGAAAUGCCCCAAGCCGUCCGCGCACGAAAUCAGCACUUUAGCCGGCACGCUGCAGCUGGAGAAGGAGGUGGUGCGCGUUUGGUUUUGCAACCGGAGACAAAAGGAGAAACGCAUGACGCCCGUGGGGGUCCCGCACCCCAACAUGGAGGACGUAUAUUCCCAAGCGGAGACACCCCCACUGCACCGCACACUACAGAGUCCCGUCCAGUGACUGACGGAACCCCCCCGUCGCCACCUCGCUGCUCCCACCUCAUCCUGGCUGUGCGUACAGAGAGAACAGACAAGGGGGGGCUGUGGAGUUUACACUAUUUAAGUUUUGGCUUUUCUCUCAAGACUUUUGGAAAAGUUGUGCAGUUUUAGCAUCGGAAGUCCCUCAAUUGAUGAAAAAAAUGUAAAAAAAAAAUCACACAUCUAGGAUUAAAAAAAUAUUCAAUUUAAAGCCAGACAAAGAUUUAUUUACCAAAAUUAUAUGGAGGAGUUGUAAGGUGAAUUUAUGAGGCGUCAUUUGUGGCUUCUUCUCCUCCAUGGGGUGGACCGUGAACGCACCACACGCCUGCAAAAAAAAAAACACUGGAGAUGAAAAGUCAGCACUGAGUGAACUGAUUUUUUUUAUUAUUUUUUUGUUUGCUUUUUUAUUUGUUUGUUUAAAAAAAACAUUAACCAGACGUCCAAAUUCUGUCUUUAUUGUGUGAUGUUUGUUUUGGAAAUAUGCUUUCAUCAGGGUCAAAUUUGGGAGGAAAAACUGUAUCAAUGCAGCAGGACGUCCAAGUUCUGAUUGCAUGCCUUAAUAAUAAUAACAAUAAUAAUUUAAAACAAAACAUAUAUAUAUAUGUAAAUGAUUUCACGUGACCACGUCGAAAUUCGCAAGCAUCAGACGUUAAAAAAAUGAAUUAAGUGUUUUUAUUCUCAUUUUCUUCUUUAUCGUUUGCAUGGAGCACUUACUUUUUUUUGUUAUUUGAAGCUGAUCUCGUGUUUACAGCUCCCUAAAUCCCCACACUUUUCCACAGUGAUUGCCCCCCCCCCUCCUCCCCACACGAAAUGAAAAGUUGGAGCAACUCAGGUAACUUUCAGUGCCCCCCCAUCUCCCCCUGUGUGGAAAAAAACAUCACAUUUUUGUCUUUUUACAGCCACAUUCUUCCCCCGUUGUAUUAUACUCUUCAAAAAUCCACAGGACCGUGAAGGCAACGCGUCCUUUACUUGUUACUUUCAAAUCUUAUUUAUUUCAUUUCUUAGUGUCUUUAUUUGUGUGUCAUCACCAGUCCAAAAAAACAAAAAACGGCAGUGUGCUAUAUUCACGUACAGAUGAGGGAUUUUUUUCCAAGAAAAAACGGUGAUAAUUUAACAAAAAAGGUGAUUUUAGAGAAAAUGAUGCCAGGAUUAUUUCCAGCGUGUAAAUAUGUCCAAUAUGUAAAACUUGUAUUUGUUCUGAAAUAUUUGUUUUUUGUUGUUUUAUUAUUCUUUUUAAUGUUCAUUUCUCCGGGCAGUUUUGUACACUUACUAAUUCCAAGAAGAUAUUUUAAUAUGAUUUCAUUUAUGAUGAAUCUGACCAUUUAUAAAUAUAUAUUUAUUAUUUCAUGUUUAGUUUUCUUUUUGUUUUUGUUUUGUUGCAGUGGAUUUUUAAGUCUCUUUUCUGUUGACUUCAUUGGUUGUUUGUUGGUUGCUAUAAAUGUAGACUGCAAAGUCGCAUUUCUAUUUAUGUUAUAGUAAUAUUUUAUUACUUACAUAAAAACAUAUAUACAAGAAAACCUAUCUGCUUGUUGUC